UCAUGACGCAGGCAUCGUAUCCCAGCAUGCAACAGGAGGCCAAGAGAGAUCCAGCACCUCGGAGUGAGCUGUGGGAGCCCGUUGUCAGACUGGAACAAACGGUCAAACCCGCUCACACAUUUCCAGCUCCAUGUGAGGAAAGCGAACCUUUUACCUUCCAAGCUCCGGGAAACAUGCGGUUCGGGUGCAUAUCGUGUUCGUGAAGCAGUCAAGAAGUCAUCGUUGUCAUCCGGUUUUCAUUUUGGAGGAUUCCUCCCUCCAUCAUCCGGAUCGCAUCAAACAGGCAAUGACCACGGUAUCCACAACCCCGCAGCAGAUAAGGGACCGGCUGCUCCAGGCCAUCGACAGUCAGAGCAAUAUUUGCAACAUGGUGAUUGUGUUGGAAGUAAUUAACUGUCUGGAGAAAUAUCCUAUCACCAAAGAAGCACUUGAGGAAACGCGACUUGGAAAACUGAUCAAUGAUAUUAGAAAGAAGACCAAGGAUGAAGAUCUUGCAAAGCGCGCAAAGAAACUGUUGAAAAACUGGCAAAAACUGAUUGAACCUGGGCCAGUUGUGGCACCCAGUGUCACUGGGUCGACAAAUGGCAGUUCUCAUCUGUGCCGAACCGACCCCUCUCCUCCAGAGAUUUCUGUGUUGGGGAAAGGAUUUGCUGAUGUUAGGAUGAGAAAUUAUGUUCAGAACACGUAUUCACCUAAAGCUGAAAAAUCAAGCAAGCGCAAGGUAGAGCACAGCAGACUGCACUUAACAGAAAACCUCUCAAAGACGUCUACAUAUGAUAAUUCUGUCUCCCCACUACCCACCAAUGGGAUUGCUGGCAGCCCAAGAACCCAGUUUGAACAAGAUGUCACAGUGUCUCCUGGUAAAUGCCGAGUAGAUCACCUUGAUGACGACAGAGUGAACAGAACUUCAGUCAAUUCUGUCAGGCCUUGUCCCAACUCCCCUGGGGUGGAAAAACUACCCAGCACUUCCUCUUUGGUUAAAGUUGCAGUAAUCCAGCAACAUGCCAGGCUGGAGGAAGAAGGAGGGAGCUACAAUCAAGGCAAGAGUCCUCGCAGUGUCACUUCCAGUCCGCGGAGCCAGAAGCAUGACUCCUUACCAAAGCGCUCCGUACCAUAUGGACUGAAAGGAACGCCAAUCCCAAGUCCUUCUUCCAGAGACUCUCCCUUAUCCUUUUCCCAGGCUUUGGCUUCUCCGGGUCAACCAUCUUUUGCUGAGAAGCUGCCCCAUUUAUCUCAUAAGCCUUUGUCACACACAACCAGUUUGUAUGAACCCCAGGAUGUAUCUGGAACUCUGGAUUCACCAUCAGCCUCCCCUCUCCUCUGUCAACAGAAUACAGAAUCCCAGAGAUCAAGAUUGGAAGCGGGCUUUGUGGUGUCUGAUGAUACUGAUAGAAUGACAGCAGCCAACUCUGAGCAUAAAAGGAGGAAGUACAAGUCCAGAGACUUCUCUAUUAACCUGGAUGGGCAGAAAGUGGAAGACACAACUAAGAGAGUACGGUUAAAAGAACGCAGACUAACGUUUGACCCAGUCACAGGUCAGAUCAAACCUCUGGUGCAUAAAGAUCCUUCUCCAGUAGAGGUGUCCUCUACUCCUGAUCCAGCAGAGUUUAGGCAGAGAACAGAAAGUUCUGUCCAGCAGUCGGCUGCCACAACAACAAGUCCUUGCCCUAACCCUUUCCUCCAGACUAACUGGAAAGAGCUGUCUAGAAACGAAAUCAUUCAGUCUUACUUGAACCUUCAGAGCAAUUUGCUCACCUCUUCAGGGGUUCAGACCCCCAGUGCACACUUUUUUAUGUCAGAAUAUCUCAAAAGGGAAGAACAGGAGACCAAAGAGUCCAAGAAAAUGCACGUUUUGCAGACAGACAGCUCAAAGGGGGAUUUACCAGGCAUGAGUCGGCAGUUGACGGACAAGGACUUGGAGAGGAUCCACACACAACAGUGGCCAGGAGUAAAUGGUUGUUAUGACACCAAUGGCACCUGGUAUGCUUGGACAGAGUGCAUAUCACUGGACCCCCAUGGGGAUGAAAACAAAUUGAACAUCCUGCCAUAUGUUUGCCUUGACUGAGGAGUGUGGAAAGCUUGUUUUCUUUUUCAUUCCUUUUGUUUUGUCUUCACCAAUGAAGCAUAGUUUUAGAUUUUGUUGUUCACUGUGAGUUUGGCAAAAAAAAAACAAAAAAAAAAACAGGGCUGCUUAACCCCCCUCCCCAUGGCUCAACCUGUGAUUACAAUUUGUUAUCAAAUAAUACAGAUAAAAAAAGUCAAUUUCUGAGAUAUCAAGGGCUGUUUCUGUCUUUUUUUUUUUUACUUUAAAGGCCACAAAGAUGAAAAUAGCCAUGUCAGCUCUGCUGUCACCCUGAUGGAAAUGGUUUUCUGAGCCUGAGACGUUCCCAUGUGAAUUGUUGAUCAGAAGUGCAGCCUUGUUUGACGGGGAUCAAAUCCUUCUCAUUGAGCUUCUCAUUUGGAAAAGAGUCCAGAUCCGUCUGUAGGAAGGAAGGCUGGGGUUUGUGCCUGGAGUUCAUAGAGUACAAACAGAGUGAAACAUGUCCACAAUUGAAAACAUUUGAACAUGUUUGGCAGUUGAGAUAUUUUGUGAUGUAUAAAAAGUAAAGUAUAUGUUCCUUUUAAUAUGUUCUUCUAUUUAUUUUUGACCAAUUCAGUCAUGGAAAGUUUGUCCGUUCUUCAUAACUUUUUUCUUGAGCGUGUUGUCAGCCUCCUCUUUGUCAUCAUCUCUUUUAGAUUGGCCUUUUUUUUGGAUCAACAUUCCAGAGUCAAACUUUAUUUCUGGUUUCUUGUCUUACAGCUCAUAAAGGUUUUGUUUCCUAUUGGCACUCAGUUUUUCUGAACCUGAACCUCCAGUUUCCAUAAAAAGAACACGUUUUCCAUCCUGUUGGUGUCCAAACCAAGGAAUCGGAUGGUUACAGCGCUGAAAGGACGAGCAGUUGUGUUUGCAUGCUGAAGCCCUUUAUGUUCCCAAAGAGAUGGUUUGCCUUAUGAUGUUGUUGGACAAUAUUGUUUAGUUGAACAGCCUUAGUGAAUGUACAAGCAUUGUGACCUCUUUUGCACUUGUACAUAAAAUGACAGCUUGUCAGUCAUUCCACCAUCUACUUGAUUCAAGUUUAAAUAGCAAUUUAUUCUCCAACAAGUUUUAAGGGAGCAUUACUUCUGCUGGUAUUGUUUGCUAGGAUAAAAACAUCGAGCUGCAAGGAUUAUAGAUUUCUUAUUCGAAGAACGAGUCACUUUUCCUGAUUUCAGUUUUCCUAUUUGCUACUACUUUUCUCAUGAUUCAAGUUGAGAUGGGGUUUAGCCAAUCAUUCUUUAAUUUAUCCCUACCAAUGUGCCUUUAUUAAGGUAAACUAGGUUUGCUUGUGCAUAAACUGUGCCUGUCCAGACCUGGGCUGCAAGGAUCCCAGAUUCCAUUAUCUGUAUGACCUUCAUAUAUGCAUAUGCACCGCUUCCUGGAAGUUUUUCUAAACUCUGAUCUGGAGACAACAAACAAGGGUAAACUGCACAACAAGAGAGCUGGCAAUAAAAGAAUUGCUUUCAACUAUUUAAGGAAGAGUUUUUCUGAAGUUUUGACCAGGGCAUCCAGUUGUUCAGUGUCUAACAUCACUCGGUUUAAAAAAUAAAAUGAUCUGAAUUCUCCAA